AGGGAGGCAGCCCUAAUCGCUCUCUCUCCAUCCCCCCAUCCCUCUCUCUGGGAUCACCACCCCCCGCCGCCGCCGCCCCCGCCCCGGAACCCCAGCACCCCCGCACCAUGGAGCCAGCGCCGGGGUCGCCUGAUCCGUCGGCGCACAAGGACCAGCACCAGAACAACUCCCCGGCCCCGGCCAAGAGGUCCGCCUGGAAGCAGCCCGCCUCCUCCUCCAACGGCGUCCACCUCGUCGACGCGCCCCCGCCCGGCGUCAUGGACGCCGACCACUGGCCCGCGCUCGCCGACGCCGCCAACUCCAAGGCCAAGACCGCUCCUGCUCCUGCUCCUGCUGCUACCCCUCCUUCCGUCGACUCCCCCAAGCCUGCUCCGACGGAGAACCCGUCUCCUGCCGCCGUCGCCGCCCCCUCAUCGGCUGUCGCGAAUCCUUCCAAUUCGCCCAGGCACGGCCCGGGCCCCCACCACGGCCGCCACAGGCCUGGUAGGCGCGGCGGCGCCGGAGGGAACGGCGACCACUCCCCGCGUGACCACCAUGACCGUGGCAACAACAGCGGCUGGGACCAUGGCAGUGGUAGUGGUGGAGGGAGGGGCGGUCAGAGAACCCACCACCACAACAACGGUGGUGCCGGCGCUGGUAGGAGGGGUGGCGGCAACGCUGGUGGUGGCCCUAGCGGUGGAGUCCCCCACCAUGGCGGUUUUGGUGGCCGCCGGAGAGGCGGGUUUGAGGGCUUCUACCGUGGCCCCCCCAUGGGCAUUGGGCCGUAUAUGCGGGGUGUGCCUCCCCCGCCCCCGCCAAUUGCGGUAGCUCCACCAUACAUGGGCCCUCCGCCUCCACCAAUGCGAGCUUUUGCUGGACCAAUGAUGUUCCAUGAGAUGCCGUCUCCCGUGUCUCCUGUUCCCCCGCUUUACUAUGUUGGGCCUCCUCCGCCUCCGGAGGCUCUUAGGGGAAUGGCCUUCCAACCUACUAUGGUCGGGCCACCUGCUUACCCUUACUUUCAGCCCCCGGCUGAGUCUGAGCCGGAGCCUGAACCUGAGCCGGACCCCGAGCCUGAGGCUGAGACUGAGGAUGAGCAGACCAAGCUGAUGCGUCAGAUAGAGUUCUACUUCAGCAAGGAUAACUUGUGUACAGAUGUUUGGUUCCGGCAACAAAUGGAUGCGGAGGGCUGGGUUGAUAUUCCUCUUAUAGCAACCUUCAAGAAGGUCCGAGCAUUUAACACUACUCUGCAGUAUAUAAAAGAAGCAAUUCAGUCCUCAUCUAUGCUGGAAAUGCAGGGUGACAAAGUUAGGAGGGAAAACGAUUGGAAGAAGUGGCUGAUUCCUCGAGCUGAUAUUCCUUCAAGCUCUGCAGCUGGGCCAAGCCCAAAUGUCAGUAAUCUGACAGCACACCUGGGAGGUGUUAGUCUGCAUGAAUCAGCUGGCCCUAGUAGCAAGGGGGACGAAAACCGUCCUGAGGUAGUCCCGAAUGGGUCAACUUCCAGUAAUAACCAAGCAGCAGUAGUUGAAGACGGUGCUGGUCACCGCUAGCCAUGAUAAUACAGCAUCUCCGAUUCGCACCAUGACUGCAACGGUUUUGUCCGAGCGCGAGUGACAAAGAGUACAAGUGCUAUUUUGCGAUUUUUUGAAGGUGGUAUCCUUAUGCGGUGGGUUAGACUGACAGACCGAUGGUGGUGGGUUCUUUUGUGGUGGUGUCAGAUAAGAUUUUCUUUGCCCUGUUAUUGGUGGUAUUGUGGAAGGUUUCAGCCUUUCUGGUGGUUGGUGAAAAAUGGUUACAAAGGCCAAACAAAAAGGCUUAUCUUGUGGAGGCAUCGUUGAAAUGCGAUGAGGGGGAGAAGUUGAAAACAAAAAUCGAAAGAUGAAAAGUCGACAUGUCCGGAGGGCUAGUUGCUUGGUACUGCAAUUACCCGACUGUACUUUUGGUUAUUUUGGUCUGAAAGAGUCUGAUCUAUCUCUGGUUUCCCCCGUUUUGGAUGUAAAAACCUCCAGUUUUUGACGGAGGAUGGAUGUGAACUUUCUUGCUCAGAGAGUCCGGCACCUUGGGUGUAGUGGUAUUUUACAGAUAUUACCCGUGUCUUUGCCUGUGUU